AAACAAAUGCAUUUCACGUUUAAACUUAGGUUCCAUCCCCAAGAAAUCUCAUUAUGUAUAUGCAAAUAUUCUAAAAUCCAAAAUAAUCAGAAAUCUGAAAGUGUUUUGGUCCCAAGCAUUUAAGAUAAGGGAUACUUAACCCUUAUACGAAUUUGUGAUUUGCACGAAUUUGUGAUUUGCACGUCUCUGUUGCUGGAGUCAAAGCAAUUUGUAGUGAAGGACGGAACCUUAUCAUAGUUGCACCUUAGCGCCUACUAUAUAGUGGGGCUUAAUGAGCAUCUGUUGAACGAAUAAAUCUUUUCAUAUGUAGACGCUGGUGCUGGGAGGGCAAAAUUAAGUCCCUAUUCUUGAAAAGUUACCAGUCAAUACAUCUUCCAGAGAACCAACUUCCUGUUGUUAAACCCUUCAAAGCCUAGUUCUAAGUCACUGACAAUUACUUAGCUAGAGACCCACUCAACUUAACCUCUCCUCUACUCUCAAAUUCCGUUUCUUCCCUGAGCAUUCUCAAUACACCUUCUAUCUAAGGACAUUUGAUGUUUUCUUCUUUUGGAAAUCAUGCUACUGUAUGCGUUUUUUACUUUUUGAACUGUCUUUCCAUCUGAUAUCCCAAGGCCUCCCUCACCCCAGAUAAAAGAUUCAAGGAUUCUAAGCAGGAAAAUGAGUUUGCGAAAAUGCUGUGGUUUCUUAAGAGAGAACACUUGAAAUGUGCAAGAAAGUAAAUGUGGAAUCCUGUAAGACGUAAAGUAUACCAAGGACUACUAAUUUCCUCCUCCUGCUUCUGACUUGAAAAACACGAGCUAAAUCUGUCUACCUAACUCACAAAACCAUGCCCACUCUUCAGGUCACAUAAUUGACAUCUGCGUCUUUCAUCGACGUAAACAAACUUGUCAUUGAAAAAGUCCUUGGCUUUUAAGUCGCCGGAUGGCGGAAAUAACACUGACACUCAAAUCCCUAGUCUGAUUUCAGAUUGGGUCGAUUUCACGCAGGUUCUUUGGAAUUUCCCCAGACUGCUGGCCUGUUUUCUACCCUGAUCCCUUAGGUGGCUUCUGGGACAGAAUUAGGGUUCUCUACGUAUUUGCUUGCACGUGGGUUUACUGAAAUGGCCGCCACUGUACGAAGUCCGUUCUUCCCGUGUAACUAACAAGAGCCCAUACCAACUUGCAACGCAGCCGUGCACACUGCCGCAGCAGUUGCCGCGAUCACGACCUUUCAAAACCGCUCCGCAGACCUCGCAAAGAGGCUCGUGGCUCCCGCCUUCCGGUGCCUCAGUACCUGCCAGUCGCCGCCCAACGCCGUCCGGCUGUUCCCCGUUUGCACUCUCCCUCCGCCUACCCUGCUUCUUCUACCCCCCGGCUCCCAGUUCUCCCGUCCUGCUCUGCGCAGGCUGCGGCUGUUCCGUCAGCGGCGGCUCCUCCUCCCAGACGCAGAGCGCUGCUCUGCCCCGCCUCCCGCGCAGGCUGCAGUCCCUACAUCCGGGUACCGACUCCAGCCGCCUAGACGCUGGCACUAUGGUCAUGGCGGAGGGGACGGCAGUGCUGAGGCGGAACAGGCCGGGCACCAAGGCGCAGGAUUUCUAUAAUUGGCCUGAUGAAUCCUUUGAUGAAAUGGACAGUACACUAGCUGUUCAACAGUAUAUUCAACAGAACAUAAGAGCAGAUUGCUCCAAUAUUGACAAAAUUCUUGAACCACCUGAAGGCCAAGAUGAAGGUGUGUGGAAGUAUGAACAUUUAAGGCAGUUCUGCCUUGAGCUAAAUGGACUUGCUGUCAAACUUCAGAGUGAAUGCCAUCCAGAUACUUGCACACAAAUGACAGCAACUGAACAAUGGAUUUUUCUUUGUGCAGCUCAUAAAACUCCAAAAGAGUGUCCUGCUAUAGACUAUACUAGACACACACUUGAUGGUGCUGCAUGUCUUCUGAAUAGCAAUAAAUAUUUUCCCAGCAGAGUUAGCAUAAAGGAAUCAUCUGUAGCGAAACUAGGAUCAGUAUGCCGUAGGAUUUACAGAAUAUUUUCACAUGCUUAUUUUCAUCAUCGGCAGAUAUUUGAUGAAUAUGAAAAUGAAACAUUUUUGUGUCAUCGGUUUACUAAAUUUGUGAUGAAAUACAAUUUGAUGUCCAAGGAUAACCUGAUUGUACCAAUUUUAGAAGAGGAAGUACAGAAUUCAGUUUCUGGGGAAAGUGAAGCAUGAAGGGAAUCAUAUGGAAAAAUGUACUGAUCAUAUAAUUAACGUUAAUUAUGUACUGUAUAUAUCAUUUUAGACACAUCAAUCAUGUAUCCAUAUUAUAGCUUCUUUGUUUAGUAUAGGUUUUUGUAUGCUGGGUUUGCCUUUUAAAAUGGGAAAUACUUUUUAAGUUAUUCAUAAGCUGUAUAUUCACCAGUGUGGCACUCAUGGUUUUUAAAUAAGAUUAGUAUUAUCUGUUUAUAAUGCCUGUUAAUAAAAGAAUUUACAGUUUGGUAAAAUUGCUGCUAAACAAUCAUUGGAUCACAAUCCUCAUCAAACAAACCCAUCUGUAAAAAAAAUGAUUGAGAGCUUGAGGUUUCACACAAGCCAUUUACUGAAGAGGUAGAAAUGUUUUCCAUUGGUUUUACCUUGAGUUUAGAUAUCCUAAAAAAUUCUAUAGUACAUAGUUUUGUCUUACCUGUUAACUUUCCCCAAUUGAGAUAAAAGUGUUUUAAAAUUCUGUUUCUAGUUUUUGAUAUGCAUAUAUAAUUAUGUGUAUAUCUAAAUACAAAUGCAGAUGAAGCAUUAGUAAUACUUAAAUAAUUUUACUGUGUAACAUAAAGUAUAACAUACUUGGAAAGGAUUUACCUUUCUGCAACAAUGGACUGGUACAUACAGGAUGAUCAUAAUGAUAAGGCACAUAAAUUAUGUUCUCACUGGAAACCUGCCCUGUCUACCCCUUCUCAUUUCCCUUAACCUUAUCCUCAAAAUACUUUAACUGAGAAGCUUUUCACCAGACUGAGUUAGUGGUGGCUUAUACCUAUUUAUAUUUGUAUUAAUUGCUUACAGAUUAUACCUCAUAUUAGCAAUUACAUUACACUACAAGAAAAUGUAUUUGCAUAGGCUCUUGCUUAUCUUUCUUUUGCAAAAAUUAUUCUACUUAGAAAACAGUCCUUAAAAUAGUUUGACUCUUCCUGUUAGUAAUAUUAAUCUUUCAUUUAACCAGCUAGGCAGCAUUAAAUAGAAUUGAAGAAAUACUGUAGUAUUUAUUUUACACCCCCUCUCCCAUGAAGUUUAUGUUUGAAUUACAUGCACGUGUGAGAUUAUUUGCAAUAAUUCAUAGGUUCCAAGGGUAUUGAUGAAUAGUCAUACAGUUUUUGGACUUUGUUAUAAUUCAUUGUGAUAAGAAUAAUUCAAAUGCAGAUUCAACAAUCUUAUAAUCUAUUGAAUGCCAUUUUUGAUAAAGCACUGGAGGUCUUAUUGCCAAACUGAUUGUAAUGAGGCACUAAGGGUGAAAACAUUGUACAUGUUGUGAAGAAAGUAUUUAAAUCCAACUUUUGAACAGAUUUAACAAACAUGAGGAACUUCUUUUUUAUUUAAAAGGGUAAUUUUGAAAUGAAGAUGAAAAUGUAUUCAUCUUAAUUGUUUUUUCAAAUUUAAGGGAAUAAUUUAUACCAUCUUUUGAGACAAGAAUGUACAGCAAAAAUAUGGAGAACAGUAGUAUACUGAGAGUGUGUUUAUAUAUCAUGUAUGCCUUUCCAAGCUUGCCAGUCUUUUUGGCUUUUAACAGUUCCCACCAGCCAGUCAUUACUGUUCCCCAACCCACAACCAGCUUUUACGAAGUCUUAUGUUCACAGUGAAAGGAAUGUUGACUUUGAAAUUAUGGAUUUAUAUUAAUGACACUAUAAACCAAUGGUAAUUUUUAAACAAACUUGCUAAAUAUUGAGAGACUAAACUACUAAGUUAAUAAAUUAUAUAUAGCAGUGUAGCUGUUCUCUCUAGAUGGUGUCUCACAAUGGAUUUCUGUUGCUUGACUAUUUUCCUAGUGAAUAUUUAUACUAAGGUAGUGACUGAGAUUUGGUGAUCUGGCUGAGUAUUUUGAAACACAUUUUGAAUAAUAUGGCUUAGUGUUAACGGGGAAUUAAAUAUGAUUUUUUUCUUACUCAUUUCACCUUCCCUGUAUUGUAUGUUUGGAAUUGAUCAUAAAACAGCUCCAAAAGAAAAUAAUCAGUUUGUAGUCUUGCUUUUGUAUUCAUGUUGAUAUCUUACUAGUAUUCAUUGCACUGUGAAGUUGAUUCACUGUACUAGGUAAGACCUAAGUGAAACAGUUCCUGUUUUUCCUUAAUACUGUUUUCAGAAUUUUGAAAAGGUACUUAUAUAUACAUAAAUACUACUAAAAAAUUAAUGAGCCUGGCAAACCAAUGAUUUAUAAAAGUAAGUGUUCUAAGAAGAGGGGAAAAGGACAGUUCUGUGUGAUAAGGAAGUUAGGUUCCACUUUUUGUUUGAAUUAUCCUAUGUAUAUCCAAAGGUAAACUUAGGUUUUUAUUUCCAAAAGAUCAUAUAGUCAAUUCAUUCUUUUUUUUCUAUCAUAUCUAGGAAAGUAGCUAACUUUUAAUUAUGUUCCCAUAAGUAACACUUCUUUUGUGUAUAUACAUUUCCUUUUCUCUUACUUGAGAUGUCAAAUUUGAAUUUCUAGAACAGUUUCUUAGUUAAAUUCUUGAUGACUUAACAACUUUUACUAUCAGAAUACAAUUAGAAAUCCUUGGUCAGGCACAGUGGCUCAGGCCUGUAAUCUCAGCACUUUGGGAGGCCAAGGUGGGCAGAUCACCUGAGGUCAGGAGUUGGAGACCAGCCUGACCAACAUGGAGAAACCCUGUCUCUAUUAAAAAUAGAAAAAUUAGCCAGGCGCGGUGCUACUUGGGAGGCUGAGGCAGGAGAAUCGCUUGAACCGGUGAGGUAGGGGUUGCGGUGAGCCAAGAUCGCGUCAUUGCCCUCCAGCCUGGGUAACAAGCAAAACUCUGUCUCAAAAAGAAAAAAAAAUCCUUGAUUACAUUGUUAGUAAGGACUGUGUUGCGAUUAUAAAUACAUUUACUGGUUGAUGUCAAAUUCACUGUAAUCAUAGAACUUAGUUUUUUAUUUGGGUACUUUGCCCUACCGUCUAUAUGAUGACAUCUUUUUGAGCAGCUAAAUUUUAAAUUGUAUAUACUUUAUUUUGUGAAUACUUCUUGAAUGUGCUAAAGAUUUUUGUGUGUAGUUCUUCCAUGUCAUGCAAAUAUUUUAGUAAAAGUAGUGGAUUUUUA